AUGCAGCUGGGCGCUGGAAGCGUGAUUCCCUCCACUUUAUUCACUCUUGCUCUGCUGGCCCUUCUGACCGGCCAAUCGUCUGCGUCUCUGGGAGAUCACCUACCUGAUUUCAAAGAAUGCGUCAAGGUCUGUAAAACCGAGAACUGCCAGGGCGGCAAUUCGGUGCUACCUCUGCACCACCGCCUGUUACUAUGGACCUGCCCGGCUGAAUGCGACUAUACCUGCCAACAUGUCAUUACCGAUCGUCGAGUCUCGCGUGAUCCCCCGAUGCUGAACCCUGUUGUUCAAUUCCACGGCAAAUGGCCGUUCCGGAGGAUUCUGGGGAUGCAGGAACCCUUCUCGGUGCUGUUCUCCUUUCUCAACUUCGCAGCCCAUUGGCACGGCAUGUCCCGAGUUCAGGAGUCGAUCCCUGCCUGGCACUCUAUGCGGAAAUAUUACAUGAUGUUUGGAUAUAUUGGGCUGGCAAGCUGGACAUUCAGCAUGAUCUUCCACACGAGGGACUUUGACUUUACCGAAAAGCUGGAUUAUUGGGCGGCCGGCGCCAGCGUCUUGUAUGGUCUCUACCUGGCCGUGGUCCGCAUCAUGCGCCUUGAUUUGGAGAAUCCCCCCUACCGCCCCACGUUGCGUCGCCUAUGGACGGUGAUCUGCCUCAUGCUCUACACCAUGCAUGUCUGUUACCUCAGCUUCUGGUCGUGGGAUUACACAUACAACAUGGCGGCGAACGUGGCGGUUGGCAUUGUCCAGAACCUGCUGUGGACUGGAUUCAGUAUUUUCCGUUAUCAGAAGUAUUUGAAGUCCUGGACAGCCUGGCCUGGUAUGAUUGUCGCGUGGAUCAUUCUGGCCAUGAGUUUGGAGUUACUCGACUUCCCGCCCUGGCAUGGCUUGAUUGAUGCGCACAGUUUGUGGCAUUUAGGCACUGUAGUCCCCACUGCUUGGUGGUACUCGUUCCUCAUCAAGGAUGCGCAGGACGAUAUCGCUGGACACCGACUCAAGGCGUAA